AUGACGUCAGAUGCAGCGCGGCUCCGACGAUACAAUUUUACGGUGAUGACAUUUAAUAUCUGGGUUUCGGGCACCAACGUCGAAAACGGUACUUACAAAAUUGUCAACCACAUCAAAGCAGUGAAUCCGGAUAUCGUCGGCUUACAGGUGAAUUGCGCAUUUUUAGUUACCAGUGAUAUAACGUUAAAGCACAAUGGAGGGGAAGGGUGA